GCUGAGCGUGGCGUCCGCGCGUCCCCGCAUCCCGUGCAGCGUCCCUGGAGGAGGCGGGGGGCCGCAGUCCGCUCGCUCAGCUCCCCGCGCUAGAGCCUGCGCCACGGUGCUCCGCGGGCUGGCGAGGGCCGGGCUGGCAGGACUCGCCCACUGGGCUACAGGGAGGACAGCCUCGGAGCAGAGGAACUGGGCUACACCUGCUGCGGGUCACCGUGUGGAACUUUUUAUCGCCUUGGGGUCCAGAUCCGAGACUCGGGGCUGUUUUCUAACUCCAUCCAAACAUGUGUGUGAUCUAAUAAAACAUUUUCUCCUCUCCUUGAAAUCGGGAGCUUUUUUUUUUAUUUUUUAUUUUUUUUUAUGACAUCUCCUUUCUGUCAGAGACACUUGCCUUCUUUGGGUUAUAAACUUUUGAUGCCAGACCUCUGCAGAAUGCGCCCAACUGAAUCUUAAAGUAGCUUCACCGAGAGAGGCAGAGAACGCACAAUCUGUGACCUUCGUCCCUGCUCCUUUUUUUUGUGUUCUCACUCCUCCCGGGCUCCCUCCGCCCCAGGGAGCGUUGAGAAAGCUCUUUUUUGGAUGCAGGAGGGGGCAUCUGGUUCUGCCAGGCUGGAAAGCUGAGGCUGGAGCAGAGGAAGAAUUAUUAGACUCCGGAGAGCCUGGACUCAGCCUUGCCUUCUCCCGCUCCCAGCUCCUGCUUUGCUCUCUGUGUGCUUUCGUCCCUCAACACUUCCGGCUAUUCUGAGAGGGCAGGGGACAAGGACCGUGCAGCUGCAAGAGUUCUGGGAAGUUGUGGCGGUCGAGAAUGGGGGUCUGUGGGUACCUGUUCCUGCCCUGGAAGUGCCUCGUGGUCGUGUCUCUCAGGCUGCUGUUCCUUGUACCCACAGGAGUGCCGGUGCGCAGCGGAGAUGCCACCUUUCCCAAAGCUAUGGACAACGUGACGGUCCGGCAGGGAGAGAGCGCCACCCUCAGGUGUACCAUAGAUGACCGGGUCACCAGGGUAGCCUGGCUAAACCGCAGCACAAUCCUCUAUGCUGGGAAUGACAAGUGGUCCAUAGACCCUCGAGUGAUCAUCUUGGUCAACACGCCUACCCAGUACAGUAUCAUGAUCCAGAAUGUGGAUGUGUAUGACGAAGGUCCGUACACCUGCUCUGUGCAGACAGACAAUCACCCCAAAACCUCCCGGGUCCACCUCAUAGUGCAAGUUCCUCCCCAGAUAAUGAACAUCUCUUCAGACAUUACUGUCAAUGAAGGAAGCAGUGUGACCCUGUUAUGUCUCGCAAUCGGCAGACCAGAACCAACAGUGACAUGGCGACACCUGUCAGUCAAGGAAGGCCAGGGCUUUGUGAGUGAAGAUGAAUACCUGGAAAUCUCAGACAUCAAACGCGACCAGUCUGGAGAGUACGAGUGCAGCGCCUUGAACGAUGUCGCUGCACCCGAUGUUCGGAAAGUAAAAAUCACUGUAAACUAUCCUCCCUAUAUCUCAAAAGCGAAGAACACUGGCGUUUCAGUCGGCCAGAAGGGCAUCCUGAGCUGUGAAGCCUCUGCUGUCCCCAUGGCUGAAUUCCAGUGGUUCAAGGAAGAUACCAGGUUAGCCACUGGCCUGGAUGGCGUGAGAAUUGAGAACAAAGGCCGCAUAUCCACUUUGACUUUCUUCAAUGUCUCAGAGAAGGAUUAUGGGAACUAUACCUGUGUGGCCACAAACAAGCUUGGGAACACCAAUGCCAGCAUCACCCUGUAUGAAAUAAGCCCCUCAUCAGCAGUGGCAGGGCCUGGAGCAGUCAUUGAUGGUGUAAACUCGGCCUCUAGAGCACUGGCUUGUCUCUGGCUCUCAGGGACCUUCUUUGCCCACUUCUUCAUCAAGUUUUGAUAAGAAACCUUAGGUCCUCUGAGCAUCGCCUGCUUCUCCAUAUCACAGACUUUAAUCUACACUGCGGAGGGGCAAACCAGUUUGGGCUUCUUUUUGGUUAUUUUUUUGUUCUUCUUGACUGUUUAGUUUUUUGGUUUGAUUUCUGGGAUUUUCAAUUUGAUUUGAUUUUUCUUUUUUCAAUGAAUGGACGGGGUUGGGGGUUGGGAUGGGCAGGGUUCUACCACGAGUAGGAUAAUCAUUCAUUGGUGGGCCCCCAAAUGGAAUCUAUUCCUGCUACCUUGGCCUUCCUUUUCUCUACUUCUCUUCCUACCACCAUUAACACACAAACACACAAGCACAUGCCCUAAAGAUGGCCUAAAAAAUGUCCCAUGACAAGCACCCUGAAGGUACAACUUGGCCCACAGUGCAGUACACAAUAAGAGUUGCAUCUACAUUUCCUGUUUUCUUUGUCCUUUAAGUUUUCAAUAAGACAGUUUAAAAAGAGCACAUCCUUAUCCCUAUGUUUGUACCACCUAUCCCAUUAAGCUGCACACCUUUUCUAAGAAACUUUCUUACUACAUCCUCAAUGUGCACACAUGUACAUUCUCAUAAAAAAUUUUACCAUCUUCUCUGGCCAUUCUGCUUUAUCUGCAUUUUUUCCACUAGCAGUAAGACUUACAGGCUUGAUGAAAAUAUACAUGUAUCCAAAGCUACAAAUUUAGGAGUCACGAGGGAAGUGUAUCUAGGGGUAGUACUUCCCUUAAAAUGCUAAUGCAACUCAUAAAAAAGUGAUCAAUAGCUGGCUAAUUAUAUCAAGCUAUCAAAGCAAUCAUAUUAUUAUCCAGUUACUCAAUUGAUUUCUCUCUCCAUCUCCUUCUACAUACCUGUCUUUCUCUCUUAUAAUCUAUUUGUUCAAUUUAUCUAACUAUUCUUUUUCUCUUCCCACUACACUAUCCAUUCAUCUCAUUUAAAUCUCUAAUCAUAUUGUGACUGUGCCCUUAUAUUGUGUCUCUGCGCUACCAUCAAUAGAUAUUGCCACCUUCAAAAUUGCCUAGCAACUUCUUAUGUGAAAGCCAGUAAUGUCACGGGCUAACUACCCAGAAGAACAAUUUCCUAUACCAUGGAUCCUUGGGAAUGCACUAACCCAUCCACCCAAAUUAGGCCUUGUGAACAGAUGGACCAAAGUAGCAAUCUAUGGAUCAGUCACUCAUGAUUUUCCGAGAGACUGUUCCCUUAGCCACCUUCUCAGGAGGCAGGUCAGCCCCGAAGAAGCCUUGAUUAUGCUGAAUUUCUCCUUAACAGCUGGAAAAUUAAAAUACCAACCCUGUGCUUCCCUCAGCCUUUCAAGAAAAGUACAUGUCAGGAACUUGGAGAAACUUCUUCAUGGCUGGCUUUCAUUAGAAGAAAAAACCUGACCAAAAAAAAAAAACCCAAAAAAAAAAAAAAAACCCAAACCCAUAUAUCUAUCCCUUCGAUUUAAAGACAGCAGUCCAUCAGCUGAAGUGUGAUAACUAGAGCCCAGCAUCUCCCUUCUGCUCCAGUUUUGAUUUGAAUUGUUUGAAAAUUAUCCAGCAAAGGGCUGAUGGAGGCCAAUUAUGUGGCGUGUGUGUUGACAACUGUGGUAUUUGUUUCAGAAAGCUCUUCUGAGCUGAGGGCACUUGAGCUACUGACUUAAUUUCCAAGCACUUGAUUAACACAACAUGGCAAACAGAGGGGGAAGUGGAAGUAAUACUGUUUUCCUAGGCUGUUUCUCUAGAGGUUUCGAGGAUAAAAGUUCCCAAAUUCCUAGGUUCAAAGUAGGCCUCGUGUACAAAGAUUGGAUUCCACCUCUCAGCAUUCUCUUGGGCAAAGAAGAACCCAGCCAACAAGGGAGACUGAAGUUCAAAGGAACAUCAUUAAAGGUCACAAGGGGCUCUCUGGAGAGAAUGUCUUACUGCGAAAUUGAGAAAGAGCACCAGCAGUGACUUUCUUAAAGACAUGUCUUGCCUCCCUCAGGGACCCUUUUAAGGUCCACCCCUAAAAAGUAAAUGACUGCGGGCUCCUUUAGAGUUCAUUUCCUUUAGAGCUUAACCACUUGUUGCAGUAUAACUGCCCACUCUGUGGCACUAUGGCCACACAAAUACAAUACCCACAGUAGGAGCAUAUAUACCUGUGUCUAGAUAUUCACAUAUAUACAAAUGCAGGCUCCCUUGGCAUAUAAAAGCUCGGCACUGUCAUAAGAGAUAGAGCUGGGGUGAGCAAAAUUAAUACUCUUCUUGCCAGCUGUAAACAGACAUCUGCAUUUCCUAGCGAGCUGCCAAGAAUGAGACUCUGGGAGCAUAAAUGAUGUGCCAAAAGCAGUCUAUUUAUUCCAACUUCUAGAAGCAAUCAGGAGCAGGCACGAAGUCAGAAUUACAGGUCGGAUAUAUGAAUUUCAGAUCUGUCACCAUGCUCAGCACCUGGGAUCGGGUUGGUGUCAAGCAUUGUAUGAGAUAUAAACAUGGCAUUUGCGUUUUCUACUAAUACUACAGUCGUUGCUUUGGAGAAAAGGAAAUGUGGAUGCCAUGGAAACUGAAAAGUGUUGGGUGAUGUGCUGCUCGAAAUGGACAAGCCCAAAUUGCUCCUCACCACCUUGGGCAAGCAGGUCAUCAGAAGCCCAAUUGAGUAUGGACUCAGGGUCAUCAUGCCUCUCUGCCGUGCCUACUUUCACUGGAAACUAGAAGUUUCUCUGGUGGUUACUUAUUCUACCCAAACUUCAGAAGGAAACACAUGUUCCAGACAAUCCUCCUCUGUCUGGGAAAAAUAAAGCCCAGUAGAAAUGACUUAAGGUAACUGGGUACCAGAAAUGAAAGUGACUUCCUUACAGUAAACAUGCCCCAGCUCUUGCUAUUUAAGUGACUUUGGUGAGGAUAACUCCAUGUGAUGGGGGCUGAUUCCCCACACUUGGAAGCAAAUACAACAGCAAUUGCUUACUAAAAACAACAUACACACUUACACCAGCCUUUCCAACUUUACACAAAGAGAGUGGAUGGAUCAGGCCCACUAGACAGUUUUGUUUAGCUUGCCAAGAGUGGGAAUGAGGAAGGUAUAAGGUUAGGAAAAAAAGAAUCACAUUACUCUAUGUAGCUGGUAGAACAUUGUGGGUUUUCUAAGUGAAAACCAAAUACAGUUCAUCAAGAGAUUAGGUAAAAGGAAGUCAGCAAAGAUAGUCAUUCUAAAACUUCUCCCCUUCCCAAAACAAUGUUAAUUUGUUCUUCCACCAAAGUCAUGCCAAUGAAAGUGCCAGUGUUAUGCCUCUGGCAAAGCCUGGUUUGUGAGUAGUUUAAUGUCAAGUGCCUGAUUCAGUCAUCUGCAAGUUUAAUCAAGGGUGUUUGGAUUUUCUUUUUUGUUCUUAUUGGGAAGGUUGGAGAUGUAGGGAUUACUUGUCCAAACAUACACAGCUCUUACACAGAGAGCUAGGUACAUGGCUCUUCUGAGGUGGGCUACGCUAUGUUCAACAGACAGAGAGGGACAUCUGUAUGUCACCAAGAUGGCUCACGCCUGUCCUUACACUGCUUUGUGCUGUUGUUCACAGGUUGGUUAGUUUUUAAAGUAUGGAUUGCUAGGAUCCUCAUAACUGAGGGUGCGUUUUAACAAUCUCUUUCUAUAUCCACCUGGUCAAGUUGUCCUCAGCAAGAAGAAAUAGCAAAUCUACCCACAAUAAGAAAAAUGUCAAUAGAGCAGACCGCCCCCCCCCAAGUGGACACUUGGUCCUAUAGAAUUUAUCACAGCCACUGGAGGAGGAAUGGUUGGAAAUUGCAUACUAAUGUUUUGACUGAUGCUUUCAGGGUCAAAGAACACAUGUUCUUAGUAGCCUGUAUGGCUAUUACCAGCCCCAUAAGAAAUGGUGGGGAAGAAUAGUGAAGAAUAUGAAGAAGUGAAGGAGUAUCUGCCCCCAAUUUGAUGCUGAGUUUUCACCAGGAUUGAAAAAACAAAUGGUUUGACAAUACCCAGAAUACCCCUUUCCUCUCCAGAGCUAUUCUUGUUGGAAUUAGAGGAAGCAACAUAAUUCUUACUUUUAUUUUUUUCAGGGCAAAAUGUAUUUUUCUCCAACAGCAAGAAUAUUUGGGUUUUCUUUGGCACAAGCCUCAUUUCUAGAAAUCCUCAUGUCCGAUUGCUUCCCCCUUAUUAUCCAAAGCUUCGCUCUCUCUUUCUUUCAAGACAAAUAUGUUUAAGUAGCUGCAGUCGCACCUCACAGGUGUUCAGAGAGAAGGGCGACACUGUACAGGAUGCCCUAUGACUAGAACUUCUAAUGACCACACAGAAAGCAAACAAAUAAAAAACGCCAGGCUCAUUUCCCUCAUUUCUUACUUAACAGAAGAGAAGUAAAUGAAAGGAAGAAGAAAUAGAUUUGGUAAUUAAAAAUGUGGCAAGACGAUAAAGCAGAACCGGUGCGAUUUAGCCUUCAGGUGCAGAAAUAUGGAGUCCAAAAGAAUGUGGAGUGGACUUAAUUAGAUGCAAUUGUCUUCAUAGUGAAAGUAGCCAGCCAACCUAAUCUCCGGCAUUUGGAAGAGACUUCCUGCACCUCCCCUGAGUGCUGCUUUUCAGGCAAGUGGUUGUUCCACACCACUAGGUGAGAAAGAAGGAUUGAGAGCCUCCCACUGUCCUGGGGGUCCAUCCCCUGCGUUAUUUAAGGCAGAGGUAUAAGAAUCUCAAUAAUAACAAUGGUAAGUAUUACUAGCUGCCCUUGUGUUAGUGAAGAGGAACAUUUUUAAUCAUUCAGAAAUUUUCGUGACAUGUAAAGUGCAAUUGUGAGGAAUGUGUGGAUGUACGAAAAUGUAUCUGUCAAGUUCAGAGUCCUCUAGAUUAAAAAGAAAACUUAUAUGAUUAUCAAUGGUGCCGUUAAUAGAUGUGUUGGACAAUGGGUGUACCCAUUUUGCAAUUAUUCUAAAAAAAAAUCUAUGUUCAGAUGCUUUAAAAUUUUAUCACAUGAUACAAAAAUAUAACUUUGUCAGCCUUUAAAAGUUCUUUCUUUCUUUUACUUAUUUUUUUCCUUCAAAAAUCAAUGAAGACUUGAUUUCUGUCACUCAUUGUAUUGAGGGUGAAUAUACUACCUGAAUUUUGUGCAUGUUACAUUGUAGUUGUAACCUUUUCUAAUUCAGGAUGAAUACAAGAUGGUUGUGAUUGUGCAGUGUAUCAAUAAAGUUUGAAGAAAUUUGUAACUUU